AUCUAUCUACUCAUGCCCAAACUCCUUCCAACCAAGACAAAAGCCACCAUCUCUCUCUCUCUCUAGAUUCAAUUCAUUCACUUUCUCUCUCUAGAAUUCUACUCUCUCAUCUUCAAUGUCAGUAUCGGGUUCCGGGUCCAAGGAGAAGAAGGAAGCUACGUCGGCGGAGCCCCUCUCGCAAGUGUCGCCGAUACUGGCGUCGUCACUGGGAUUGAAUAGGAUAAACACGCGAUCUGGGCCGUUGCCGCAGGAGAGCUUAUUUGGGUUUAGAGGUGGCGGCGGCGACACGGCCCCGCGCUCGGCGCCAGCAAUUUGUCCAGGCCCGGCAACGCCGAUGCCGGCUCCGGUUCGGGGAGUGGGGGGAAGAAGAAGGCGGUGGCGGGGCCGAGUAGUAGGAUGUUGGGGUUCCAAGAGCAUUGGGUGGAUAAUGGGAGCAAUUCGGAUAGUGUGUCCAGUGGGAGCGCGCAGUCUACGGACCAGAGCCCCAAUGUAGUGGGGAGCUCGAGGUUACAGAAUGGGGAGUCCUCCUCUCAAGCUGCGCGCUAUGAAUCAUCAUGGGGUCAGUCUGGAGGGUUAAUCAGUCCAGAUGUUUGUACACCAGAGACUGCAUAUGAGUGUGACAAUCCAAAGGAGUCCGAGUCUCCCCGUUUUCAAGCCAUUCUACGUGUUACAAGUGCACCUAGAAAGAGGUUUCCUGCUGAUAUCAAAAGUUUUUCUCAUGAACUAGAUUCCAAGGGCGUUCGCCCUUUCCCAUUUUGGAAGCCUCGAGGCUUAAAUAACUUGGAGGAAAUAUUGGUUGUCAUACGGGCAAAAUUUGACAAAGCAAAAGAAGAAGUAAACAAUGAUCUGGCUAUUUUUGCAGCGGAUCUGGUCGGAAUUCUUUAAAAAAAUGCAGAUAGUCAUCCUGAGUGGCAGGAAACUAUUGAGGACUUGCUGGUUUUGGCUCGUAGCUGUGCCAUGACGUCUCCUGGGGAGUUUUGGCUUCAGUGUGAAAGCAUAGUACAGGAAUUGGAUGAUAGGCGUCAAGAACUUCUGCCGGGUAUGCUGAAGCAGCUUCACACCCGAAUGCUUUUCAUUCUCACAAGGUGUACCAGAUUGUUGCAGUUCCACAAAGAAAGUUUGGCUGAGGAUGAACAUGUUAUUCACCUUCGUAAUUCUAGCAUCUAGCAUCCUGCAUCCUGCGGAAAAGCGAAUUCCUCCCAGCAUGGGAAGGGAGUCCAAGUGUUCUAGUGCUGCAAAGGCCUCAGAGACUGCUUCAGCAAGGAAAUAUUACAGUCAGGAGCAGCAGCAUGGCUUGAAUUGGAAGAGAGACCAUGUCAUACAGCCAGAAAAAAAUUUCAUGUCAUCGUCUCUUUAAUUUAAUCUUAAGAUGAUGAGUGACUUGUUUGUUUUUAGUUUACAAUAAUAUUUGACUAAUUCGAGUGAUGUUGUUUAUCUUUCAGUUCUUAAUUAAUUUCUAUAUGCUUUUGAAUAA